UAAAAGGAAACACCAAAGUUUACUGUUUACAAAAGUUUAAAGUGUGUCAACAAAAUGUCAGAUAACACAGAUAACAGCCAGUUCAAUCCCGAUGAAUUGGUGCCACCGAAAUGGCUAAACAAAAACUUCAUCACAGAGGUUCUGCGGAACAAUGAAAUGUCACCUCAACUAGAGGUGAACGAACUUAACGUCUCACCGGUUUGCCUCAAUGGAGAACACUGCGCCAGCCUCAUGUUUCGGGCCAAAGUUAAGUACUCCACAGGAAAAGGUGACUUCGAGAAAUCGCUGAUAGUCAAAACGGAGCCCGAGGAAGAAGGAGAGAAAAAAAGCUUUAUCGGGACGUCCCACAUUUUCAAGACGGAGGUCCGAAUGUACUCCGAGGUGCUGCCUGAAUUUGAAAGAAUCCUUCGCCAGGCAGGAGACCGUACAAAACUAUGUGCGGAUUGCUUAUACUACAGCCUGGAGCCAAACCAGGUGCUAGUCUUUGAGGAUCUUGCGGAGGACGGCUAUUUUAUGCUGAAGGAUCGCGAAGCCACCCUGGAUGAGAUUCAACGCGCCUACUUCAAGAUCGCCAAGAUGCAUGCUGCCAGCCUGAAAGUGCAGCAAGAGAAACCGGAUUUUCUCAAAGGCUUAAACUACGGACUCUUCGAGUUACCAAACUCCAUGGAGAAACCCUUUCUAGAUUUCGGAUUUUCCUGUUUCAUGGAACUUUUGAACGAGGAGCCCGAACUUAAUAAGUACAAGCCCUACUUCGAGGGCAUCGCGGCAAAUUUCCAACAAGGUUUGAAAGAAGAGUGGCAGGAGCUCCGGGAUAAUCCCAGAAAUGAUCAGUACUGGGUGCUCUGCCAUGGAGAUGUCCACCUCCGCAACAUGAUGUUUAAGUACCAAAAGGGAUCCUUCGAGGACUGCUUGCUCGUGGACUUCCAAUUCACCAGUCUUUUCCCACUGACAAUGGAUAUGGUUUACUCCAUAUAUCAGCUCUUGGAGCCCACGUAUCGCUGGAAGCAUUGGGAAGAUAUGAUGAACUAUUACUUCUCUGUCUUCGAGGAUGCUCUUAAGAAAAUCGGUUACAAGGGGGAAAUGCCCACCCAUACUGGAUUCUGGCAGCGCCUGCAAAAGCCCUCGUAUUUCGAGUUCUUCCUGAUGACCAUCUACCUGCCCAUGAUUCCUGCCUUCAGAGAUAAGGGUACGGACUUAGGCGAAAUUCUGAAGAGUAAGGAAGAGCGAAAGAAAUUAUACUUUGUUCAAGAAUACGUUAAGGAAGUGAAAACAUUGCUGGCUCGAUUUGAAAAGAUGGGCUACUAUCAGGUGAAGAUUUAAACAGAUGCUAUUGUGAAUAUAUAGAUAUAUAAGGAUUUUUGUACAAAUCAGUAUUUCCUAAUACUUUAUGUAUUACAAAUUGUAUUUACAUUUA